CAUGGCGAUGCAAGCCAUGUACUAGAUUGAUAGUAGUCAAGAGUCCAUCGUCAUCUUUGCUUGAACAAAAAUAGUAGGUGAAUUUUCAAAGAGAUGAGUCAGGAGGAGAAUUACCAGUUUACCACACAUGGUAACAGCUGCGAGUUCUUGAUGUCGCCUCGAAAGCGCCAUUAAACCUUAAUUAAAGUAGGAGGUCAAGGCCUUGUGAUGUGUUUUAACGUUUUUCUAGCUAUUAAACGGUAGAUAAAGCCAAAGAAGUUGCAAGUGAGUUGCUUGCUUGUCUGAAAACUGAAAAGGAAAAAGAAAAAGGACCCACUUGCCUUAGACUAUUCCUCCUCUCGUCUUUCUUUUCUGGAUCUAGGAAAGAAAACCCAAAUCCAUGGCUUAAUCCCCGGUCGCCGGAGCUACUGGGUUUGCUGUGUCUCUCCGUUUUUGGAUUGGGGGAAUACAGGGGGGAAAUAGGGGGUAGGAGAAAUGGGAAUGGUGGGUGUCCAAGAAAAUGGGAGGACAGAGAUGGGGUUGGCAGGGGUGUCUCUUGGGAGCAAGAACAAAUACAGGAGAAUGGAUUCCGAGCUCCCUGAGGAUGGUGAUGAUGCUUCACAUCAUGUUUAUCAAGACAGGAGGAGCAGUACCAGAAAAUAUGUAAUAGCCUGUGCUGUUUUCGCUUCUCUCAAUAAUGUUCUUCUUGGAUAUGAUGUAGGUGUCAUGAGUGGAGCCAUCAUAUUCAUUCAAGAAGAUUUAAAGAUAACUGAAGUACAGGAAGAAGUACUUGUCGGAAUUCUGAGCGUUGUUUCCCUUUUUGGUAGUUUGGCUGGUGGAAGAACAUCCGAUAUUAUUGGUAGAAAAUGGACAAUGGGUUUAGCUGCAGUUAUCUUCCAAAUUGGUGCAGCUAUAAUGACACUUGCUCCUUCGUUUCAAGUACUAAUGAUAGGAAGAUUCUUGGCUGGGGUUGGAAUAGGCCUUGGAGUCAUGAUUGCUCCUGUCUAUAUAGCUGAGAUAUCACCCAGUGUAGCUAGAGGCUCACUUACCUCCUUCCCAGAGAUUUUCAUUAAUUUCGGUAUCUUACUUGGAUAUGUUUCCAACUAUGCAUUUUCAGGUCUUCCAGUGCAUACAAACUGGAGAGUAAUGCUUGCUGUGGGAAUUUUGCCCUCAAUCUUUAUCGGAUUUGCACUCUUCGUAAUCCCUGAGUCACCGAGGUGGUUGGUCAUGCAGAAUCGAGUUGAAGAAGCAAAAUUGGUGCUGUUGAAAACAAAUGAGAAUGAAGGAGAGGUGGAGGAGAGACUUGCAGAAAUACAACAAGCUGCUGGUUUUACUAAUGGAGAGAAGCAUGAAGAAAAAGCUGUGUGGCGGGAACUGUUGAGCCCUUCUCCUUCAGUUAGACGGAUGUUGGCCGUUGGUGUUGGAAUCCAGUGUUUCCAACAGAUCACAGGAAUAGAUGCAACUGUUUAUUACAGCCCUGAAAUCUUCAAAGAAGCUGGAGUUGAGGGAAAUUCAAAUGUUCUUGCUGCAACAGUUGCUGUGGGUGUGUCGAAGACGGCCUUUAUCUUGGUAGCUAUAUUUCUCAUCGACAAACUUGGCAGAAAGCCCUUGCUCUACAUAAGCACAAUUGGAAUGACUAUUUGUUUAUUCAGUCUGGGGCUCUGUCUCUCAGUACUGGGAAAAGGACAGGUUGGGAUUGCUUCAGCAAUUUUAUUCGUUUGUGGGAAUGUGGCUUUCUUUUCCAUUGGGGUUGGCCCUGUUUGCUGGGUUUUGACAUCUGAAAUAUUCCCAUUGAGGCUGCGUGCCCAAGCAGUAGCACUUGGGGCAGUGGGAAAUAGGGUUUGCAGUGGCUUGGUCGCCAUGUCUUUCCUUUCCGUUUCCCGUGCAAUUACAGUGGGUGGAACAUUCUUCAUUUUCUCAGCAAUUUCAGCUCUCUCUGUUGUCUUUGUUUACACAAUUGUUCCUGAGACUAAAGGAAAGUCACUAGAGCAGAUUGAGAUGCUAUUUCAAAAUGAAACUGGAGGCCUAGCAAGUGAAGUGGAACUAGGUGAUGUUGAGCAUCUUGUGCAGAAAGAAUAACUAGGAGCCGGUAGACUCAACAGAUUAUCAAUAUUUUUCAGUUCUUCUACCCAGGCAAUUGGAUUGAAAGAUGCUCACAAAUCAUAUUAAGUUGAUGAUUAGCAUGUCAUGAGAGCCCAUGUAAAUGAGUUCUGAGUUGAAUCUAACACUGCUGGUGCCUGUAGCCAGAAGUAUCAGUGCAGAGGCAGCCAUAGGCAGAGAGUAUAACUUCACUCACUUUAAUGCUUGUUGUCAGUCAGAACUCAGAAGCAUUCCCAAGUUCAUUGUGAGUUGCACCAUUCCCUUUGUAGGAUCUGUACUGUAAAAUCCGUAUGAAAAUUGUAUCUGCCAUGGUAUUGGAUGGGUGUUAGGCAGACCAUGUCCGUUGUUACUGUCUGAUUAUUAUGAUACACUUUUUAAUAAAGUUUGCAAUCGCAAGAGAUGGAUUCUUUGACGACUUUGUGCUACAACAGGUAGCCACAUUAAGAUUUUCCUGGUUUGUGGUUA